AUGAGAGUAAGAUUAAGCACCAAAGUUAGCAACUUUGAACAACUAAAGUCAGCACUGCUUCCUCAUCAUGCACAACUCCAAUAGCAUCCAGUAUACUCAGCUGUCAAAUCCUAAUAGCACUAGAAAGUAUUUAUGGAAAAUCAUGUGUGGGCUGUUUAUGACUUCAUGACCCUAUUAAAAGCAAUUUAGAUUAGAGUUACUUGUGUUAGUAUACCCUGGACUCCCCCAAAAAACAGAUAAUCUGCUUUUCUUUUGAAUUAAAUGGUAAUGGGUGAAGAAUCUGAUGAUCUCGAUACUGGUGAUGCCAAACAAGCUACUUCCCAUUUUGAGCUUUACAUGAAUGCAAUGUAAGAGGUCGGAGCAGAUAGUACUGCGAUUAGAAAUUUUGUGUCAGAGAUGGAAAAUGGCAAUCACUGGUUGAAAGCAUUAAAAUAAACUUAACUCAAACAUAAGGAAAUCCAUUAAAAUACCUAUGAAUUUGUAGAAAGCACUCUAAAGACUGCCACAGAGGGUAAAACUCAUGAAAUUGCAUCUUCUUUUCUUUAUGGUAGAGAGGAUCCAAUUCCAAAAAUGUUUUAAUAAUUUAUUGACAACAUCAAGGACAAAUCCUUAAAUAUGCCAUAUUUUCAAAAAUAUUUAGAGAGACAUAUCUUCCUAGAUGCAGACUAUCACAGACCAAUGGCAGAGAAGAUGCUAAUGAAUCUUCUUGGAAACGAGAGCCAAAAAUUCCAAGAGGCUUAUGAUGUUGCUGCUCACGCCAUUGAUAUGAGAAUGCAUUUGUGGGACGGUAUCCACCAAAAACUUUGA